AUGGCGCGCCGAACUUCCCGGCUCUCGACGUCCACGACUCCCGCACACGCUGACGUCCCUGCACACGACCAGCCCGAUGACACGAUGAGCCUCGACCUUCCCGAACAGCUCCUCACGCCAGAAAACAGCCGCUCGGAGACGUCAAGCAAUAAUGAAAACGCGUCUACUGAGGAGAAACCCGUGCCGCGCCGGAGGUCAACACGAGCGGUACGCGCAUCGCUACAGAAAGCUGAAACCUUGGACACAUCGGUUGAGGCCGAUGGCUCGACGUCCUCAACCAGCCAGGCGUAUGUCGAGAGCCUUGCCAAUGCGAAGCGGACUCGCUCCUCGCUCCGGCACAGUAUCGCCGUGAUGGAAUCGUCCCUGUUCAACGGUACCGCGCACCCCGAUGACGAUACCAUGAUCGACGGCCAAGCAAUGGCUCCCGGCACACCAGUCUCGAAGUCUUCGCAGGAACCCCAGGCUGAAGAUAUGGCCACCUCGCUUCAGCAACGAACCCUACGAAAGCGCGUGGAAAAGAAAUUGGCGGAAGAUAAUGAGACACUGAAGGUCAAGGCAAUGCCCAGGAGCAAUCGCCAUUCUGUGCGCCGAUCAACUCGCCAGAGUAUCAUUGAUAAAGCCUCCGAUUUACUGGGGCGUGCUAACAGCGUUUUGGGCAAGCGCUCGCGAGGUUUGGGCGAAAAUGGAAAGGAGAUUAGUCGGCGUGCCAGCCUUCGGCCCCGAAAUGCGACGCCGGUGAAGGAGGAGGCGCCGGCUCCAGCUCCUGAACCUGCCGCGAAGAAGCGCCGAGUCUCUGAAAGCGAUCUAUCCAAGCUGCGCGAAGAGGAAAACAAGACUCCUUCAGAGGAACCGACUGCGCCGGCUUCCCCGCCUAGGUCUAGGCCUAAGCGGUGGUUGGCUCAUGGGUUAUAUACGGGUCAAGAGCCUUCCGAUUCGCCUCCCAAGCAGCGUCGCAGCAAGAACUCUGCGAAGUCUAGCUCCAUCCCCGCACAGCGGCGCUUAAUUCCCAUGCCUAUGUUCGCCGGGUCCCGUAUGAUCAAUACCGGCAGGGAUUAUGUGCUACCAUUCGACAUUUUCUCGCCGCUUCCACCGGGUCAACCGAAACCAGAUGAAUGGCGGAAGACAAACAAGAAUGUUUUUGUUGGAGAUGCUGCCAGUGAAUGGAAGGCUAAUAAGAAACUGGAACUGUCCACUUGUAUGUGUGAGGAGGAUACCGGCUGUGACGAGAACUGUCAAAACCGUUACAUGUUUUACGAGUGCGACAGCGGCAACUGCAGACUCGGUCCGGAGUGCGGAAACCGGAAUUUCAACGAGCUCAAGCACAGAACCAAGGCUGGUGGCAAGUACAAUAUUGGUGUCGAAGUCAUCAAGACCGCAGAUCGUGGGUAUGGUGUUCGCAGCAAUCGCACCUUCGACCCGAAUCAAAUCAUCGUCGAGUACACUGGAGAGAUUAUCACGCAGUUUGAGUGUGAAAGGAGAAUGCGAUCGGUGUACAAGAACAAUGAGUGCUACUAUCUGAUGUACUUUGAUCAAAACAUGAUCAUCGAUGCUACUCGAGGAUCCAUUGCUCGCUUUGUCAAUCACUCUUGUGAGCCUAAUUGCCGCAUGGAGAAGUGGACUGUCGCAGGCAAGCCACGCAUGGCUCUCUUCGCCGGUGAUCGAGGCGUCAUGACUGGAGAGGAAUUGAGCUACGACUACAACUUUGAUCCCUAUUCCAACAAAAAUGUUCAGCAGUGCCGCUGUGGGUCGGAAAACUGCCGAGGCAUCCUUGGCCCCCGGCCGAAGGAUAAAGAUCAACGAGCCAAAUUGGAAGAGAAGACCAAAGUUACUGGGAAGACAACCAAGAAAGCCAUCGGCAAAAAGCGAAAGAUUACCGAUGCCGAGGGCACGGUCUUGCAACAAGGCAAGAAGAAGCGCAAGCUGCUGACCCCCAAGUCGAUCAAAGCUGGAGUUAAGAAGGCCGUGGCCAAGGCCACCACGCGUGGGAAGACAACAACUAAGAAGACAACCAAGACUUCGGCAACCACCGGCCGAGGAAAGACCGCAAAGACUGUCAAACUGCCAAAGGUAAAGGCCGCAUCAAGAGUCAAGGCUGCUGUUCGAGGGGGGGCCCGCCAGAAGGGCAAAUCUGCUAAAGUCAACACUGUUAAGGCCACCCCAGCCUCACCAAACAAGGGAUCAUCGUCAUCCCUUAAGCGACCAUCUGCUGAGACCAAGAAGAAGAUUUUGGCGCGUGCUAAGGCCACCGACGGAGGGUCUCCCAAGAAGUCGCCUGCGAAAUCACCCGCUAAAUCGCCUGCCAUGGCCAAGAAGAAUGAAGUGAAGUCUCCUCGGAAGCCCACCGUGAGGAAGGCGCCCACAAAGAGCACCGUCAAAGCUCGAAUGCCCAUUUCCAAGGCGAGGAAGUCUGGCCCGGCUUCCGGACCUAAGGCGAAGAAGAGCUUGACGAGCAGCGUGAAGAGCGCCGCGAAGAGUGUCGUUCGCACUGUUAGGGGAAAGAAGAUCUAA